UUCCUCUAAUCACUUAAAAAUGUCCGGUCGACCGGCAGGAUACACUGCAAAUGAAGAUAAAUUAUUAUGUCAAGUUUAUUUAGAUGUUUCUCAAGAUCCUGUAACGGGAAUCUAUCAAUCUAAAGAUAAUUUUUGGAAUCGAGUCGUCGCAGCUUACAAUCGUGGAAAGGAAGAGAAUUGGGUGGAGCGCAACCAAAGAUCGGUGCAAUGUCGACUUCAAACAAUUGAGAAGGCUGUUAGAAAAUUAAACGGAUGUGUUCGUCAAGUCGAAAAUUUACAUCCAAGUGGUGCUUCCGAAAAAGAUAUCAUUGCACAAGCAAAAACUUUACUUACGCAAGAUCCGAACUUUAAAAAUGGCUUUAAAUUUGAUCAUGUGUGGGAUAUGAUGAAAGAUUUUAAGAAGUUUAGCGAUGUUGAUUUUGGAAGAACAAAAGCAAGAAAGCAUGGCUCUACUUAUGUAUCAUCGGAGUUUGAGGCUCCUAUUCCUGAUUCACCGUUGGUAUCGUCUCCUAACUUAUUAUCAUUUCACUAAAUUUAAAUGAGGAUGUUGCAGGUGAGGCCACAUCAUUACAAUGACCUAUUGGGGUAAAGAAAGCAAAAUUGAAGAGAAAAAUUGAUGAAGAUUACGUGAAAAUGAUCCAAUCAGAAAAUAAUCUGCUUGUUGAGGCGAUGGAAAAGUCAAGUAACUCAAGAAAUGAAGCUUCGAGACAAAAAGAAUUCAAAGAAGAAAAUAAAAUUUUAUUAACGAGGUUGAAUUCCAUUGACGAUCCAAAUCUUCGUGAAUUUUUGUGACAAGAACAAAAAUGAAUAAUCGAUAAAAGAAGUUAACAAUUUCAACAACCACAAGCACAACAAUCUUCUACCCCGUUCUCUCAGUUUUUUAGUAAUUUUGGUGCACCUGGAAAUGACAU